AUUAUCGAAUUAUUGAUAAAAACGUUUUACUUAUCUUUUUCCAUUUUUUCAUAAUAUUUAUUUACAAAACUUGUUAUUUUUAUGUCAAAUGAUUUUUUAGUGUAUGUUAUCUAAUAUGUAUUAAGUUAACAUAAUAAUAAUGCCUGUGUAAUUAACCCCUAUCAAAUGACUAGCCUACCAAUCUUUUUAUAAGUAUAUUAAAAAAUGAACUUUACCCUAAUAAAAUAAUUAAUCGAAAUGACUUUAUUCUACCACAAAUACCCAUAAAAUUAAAAGCACUCACAUGCAAUUAUUGCAAAAAUAAUUUGUUGGCUUAUUUUAUAUACACAUUUUGGCCCUGCCUUUUAUGUAAUAUGGCUACUUUUAGUCCAUUUGUAUAUUGGGCACAAAGUGAAAAUAGCAUAUUUCUGAAGAUAGACCUAAGAGAUGUAAAGGAACCAGAUAUUGAUAUUAAAGAAAAAGCUCUCUCUUUUAAUGGCUUAGGGACAGGAGCACAAGGAAUAAAAAAAUAUGGCUUUAAACUAUUGUUGUUUGAAGCUAUUAAAGAUAAUGGAUGUGAUCAUUGUAUCAAAAUAACUGAUAAUGGGAUCAACAUAACCCUAAACAAAACCAGUCCAGGAUGGUGGCCUCGUCUAAUCUCAGCUCCCCAGAAACCUACUUGGCUAAAAAUUGAUUUUGAUAAGUGGCAAUCAGAGGAAGAUUUAUUAGAUGAAAAAGUAAACGACGUUGCUGUAGAUUAUCCAGAUGUGUAUAAAAAUCUAAUGAAGAGUGAACUAGGAUAUAUUAAAGACUUUAAAGCUGUUUACUUGCCUUUUUACAACUUAGCGAUGCUGUGCGCGUUUCUAUAUAUUGCAAUCAUAUUAACUGUCACCAUCGGCAAAACUGGACUAAAUGAAACACUCUAUGCCCAGACUUAUCCACUUGUAGGUCGCACAGUCCUUUUUAUACAACAUUUGCAAGCUUUAGAAAUUAUGCAUGCAUAUUUUGGUUAUGUAAAAGGACAUUGGUUAAUGCCUCUUCUACAGAUUUUUGGAAGACUUGCAAUUUUAAUUUUUAACUUGGAGUUGGAGCCUAGGCUACAAAAAAUGCCAUGCAUCACAUGGCUGUUUUUGUCAUGGGUUUAUGGUGAUAUCAUUAGAUACAUCUACUAUAUACUAAAUAUGACUAGCUCCAAAAACACCUUUAAACAAUGGGUAUAUCCUUUUUUCAAAUGGUUGCGGUAUACUGCAUGGAUCAUACUUUACCCUAUUGGGUUUAUGUGUGAAGCUGUUAUAGUAUUUAGACACAUCAUUUAUUUGGAUGCAGAGCCUAGGUACUAUUUGAGAAUGCCUAACAAAUUUAACGUAACUUUCGACCUUUUAACAGUGUUUCGUUUAUAUUUACUUUUCGUUUUUUUGCCAGGAAUGUAUUUUCUACUAAAACAUAUGUAUAAGGGUAGAGUUAAAGCUCUUGGUGGUAGUGAACCAUUUGAUAAGCUUGGGCUGGGAUUUCUUAAGAGUUUAAAAAACCCUUAUUUAAAUAAAACCAAAUAAAGUUCCAAAAUCAGCAUGUAUAAUGCUAAAUAGCUUAGUAUGUUUAAAUGCAUUGAUUGAUCGCAUGCAAAUAUAAUAAGCUUAAAACAACUAGACUCAUUAAGAUUUUAAGAAGUUUAAGAUUUCGGAAAAUGUAAAAGUAUAUGUAGUAUAUACUCUUUAUAUGGUA